UUGAAUAGGGAUAUUGAGAGGGUUGCAUAGGUGUGACGUUACGCUCUCCAAGAUAGUCGAUUCUCUAAAGCGCCCAAGUAAUGCGUUUUCUAUAUAUGCGAGCGUUUCUUGUGAGGGAGGAGGAAGUUGAGGAGGAAGAAGAGGAAGGAGGAAGAGGAGAAAGAAGCGCCUUGCGCGAGGAAGAAGAGGAAGGAGGAAGGAGGAAGCUGUUGCGGAAGCUAGUCUAAAGCAUCGUUGAAUAGGGAUAUUGAGAGGGUUGCAUAGGUGUGACGUUACGCUCUCCAAGAUAGUCGAUUCUCUAAAGCGCCCAAGUAAUGCGUUUUCUAUAUAUGCGAGCGUUUCUUGUGAGGGAGGAGGAAGUUGAGGAGGAAGAAGAGGAAGGAGGA